GAUAAAAAUCUUUACAAAAAUAUACAAAACCUAAAAGAAGGAGAGAACGUCCUCAAACCACCAACCACCCCCAGUACUGUGGACCCCCAUUUGGUCCCCAUGCUAGUUGACAGAGCCAGGUUUUCAUGCUCUUCCAGAAGGCCAGAAGAGUGGGGGCCAAUCUCACCUCAGAUUUGCUAAUUCUGUCCCGGGGCUGGGGCCACAAGUACCGCUUUGGGAGGGGGGUUACCCGUGGGGCUGCUGGUUUGUGGAGCCUGCCGCUGCCUUUUAGCAACUCCUGACUAGGCACUGGGUUCUUAGACCACUCCCUGGGCCGCCUUCAGUUGCAGUUGGCAGCACCUUGGACCUGCCUCGGGUUCUUAGAUGGCCAGGGGUGCUAUUUUCUACUGGCGUCCCUUGGCAUCUGCUGUACCCCCUUGGGACUUCAGCCCUUCGUUGUCUUCCUUCCUCUGACAAAGUUCCAUCACAGUCCAUCUUUACUCUUCAUUUUUGUCUAUUCUUGAAUUUGGUUUUAAUGUCAGUAACCGCCCACAGCCAUUGGGAGUUGGGUUGCAUAUAAAUCAAAUAAUUUGUGGUGUUGCAGAGCCCUUUUUAAUCCAUACAACCUAAGGGUAGGAAAGAGGGACUUGCUGUAUGCAUUUUCUUCUGCUGCACGUCCAUCCGUCCUACUGGAGGGAGGCAUGCGGUCCCCCAGUAACCCUUUGUUUUGUUCUAAUUCCUGCUCUCUGUGGUAGCUGCUUUCAUACAUGGAAAUCUUUUGCUGCAUUUCUGCUUCUGGAAAUUAACCGUGUUUUCAUGUUCUUCCAUUUCUCAGGAGAAGACAACAGAUACAUUGAAUUAAAUGGAAGCUUUUUCCAAAGUCAAGUUCUCUUCAGAAGUGGGAAACCAAAUGUCUCUCUGCCUGCAGCAAAGUUCUGAUUUUUGAAACAAGAUUGUCACAAGAGAGUGAAUAGCCAGAUGUCCCUGGGAGUUGAGCAAGGAACUUGUGGCAUAUUCAGUCAGGAGAAGAUGGAGGCAGCACCUGUGCUCAUCAUUUUGUUAUCAAGAAGGUUCCUAUAAGAAUUGACCUCUUGACUAGCGAACAUUGAAUUUCAGGUGCCUCAGGCUGGCAUUGGCAGGAAGCAGAGGGGUUCACAGCUAAAAUCUCGGUCAGAGGCAGUGACUGGGGAGCCUGAAUGCACUCCUGUUCUACUUCCAAGGUAGGUGUGUGUGCACCCCCAUCAUGUUUUGGAAGUUUGAUCUGAAUACAACGUCACAUGUUGACAAAUUGCUGGACAAAGGGGAUGUUACUCUGCAUGAGUUGAUGGAUGAAGAUGACAUCCUCCAAGAAUGCAAAGCACAGAACCGGAAGCUGGUGGAUUUCCUCUGUCAGCAGCAUUGCAUGGAGGAGCUGGUCAGCUUAAUCACCCACGAGCCUCCCCUGGACAUGGAUGAGAAGGUUCGCUUCAAGUAUCCCAACACUGCCUGUGAAUUGCUGACCUCGGAUGUACCACAGAUCAGUGACAGGCUGGUGGGGGAUGAAGCUUUGUGGAACAUCCUCUAUGACUUCUUGGACCAUGAGCCUCCCUUGAACCCUUUGCUGGCCAGUUUCUUCAGCAAGACCAUUGGCAAUCUCAUAGCAAGAAAAGCAGAGCAGGUAAGGUAAUCAACAUAAAGAUAAUUAUUUUCUUGAUUUUUCAAAUACCUUCUCCCUCUGCCCCCUUUAAGGAUCUCCAACUUGACAUUGUUAAGAGAUAGUUAGUUUUCCUGUGUUGCAGAAGGAAAAAUUGAUGCUACAUUCACUUUCUCUUUGUCACCAAAUAAAAAGACUGCUUUUUCCCCAGGAAUUUUACACUGUGCUUGUAUUUAUUGUGUUAACCCAUGGUUUGCUUUGUGGCCAAAACAUCUAGUUGUGCAUGACUGCCUGCUGCCCUCUGUGCACUGGGCCUGGAUAGAUCACUGUGGG